CAUUUUUUUCACGUUCUCUCCUCUUUUCCUGACUUCCAAACACAGCGUAAGGAAACACUGCGCUAGGGCUUCAUGCACAGAUGAAUUGUUUUGAUGGGGAUUCGAUUUCCUGAUUUGGAGUAGAGUCAAUUGUUCGUUAUAUUCACCUAAUUGAUCGUUCCUUCGUUCCUCCCACAGACUCUCUUCUUCUCUUGGUGUUUUGGAUAUGGACUAAGGUCAUGCAGAAUUUGGAGAACUAGCCAAUGUCGAUCUGUAUAUCAUAGUCAACUACUCAACUGGAAAGGGUUUUAUUCUUCGUUAUUUGUGAUGGACUCCCUUGAUUUAAUAGAGUUUUCUGAAACCCUACAAAUGCUUCCUCCUCCUCCCGGUAGUUUUCUAGAUCGAGAAGAACUUAUUCAACAUGUGGGGGAGUUUGCCUUGUCCCAGGGAUAUGUUGUAACUAUUAAGCAGUCUAGGAAGGACAGAGAUGUAAUCCUCGGAUGUGACAGAGGAGGUGUUUAUCGGAGUAGGCGAAAAACUAUUGACGAGGCAUCUGGUGAAAAUGCCCGGAAAAGGAAAACAGGUUCUAGGCUUACCAAUUGUCCAUUUGAAUGUCUGGGUAAAAAGGAUGAUGGAUUUUGGGUACUAACCAUAAAAAAUGGUUCACACAACCAUGAACCUUUAAAAGACAUUUCGGAGCAUCCUUCUGCUCGUCGCUUCUCAGAGUCAGAGGUGCUGCUAAUUAAAGAGAUGACAGAAGCUGGUUUAAAACCACGCCAAAUUUUAAAGAGAUUGAGACAAAGUAAUCCAGAGCUUUUAUCGACGCCAAAGCAUGUGUACAACAUCAAGUCUAGGCUCCGACAGGGAAACCCUACAGUGAAGAGAUUCAAGACAUUGAGACCCCAAACAUCUGGUGUUGGAAAUUCAAAUCUACCAACAACUAGCGAGCCAUCUUGGCGCCAGCGAAACCCUCCGAGGGUUCCCAAUCUCAUUGCUGGUAGAUUUGUUGAUUCACAAUCAUUGGUGUCCAUUGACGUGAUAAAUCCUGCGUCACAGCAAGUUGUUUGCCAAGUUCCCUUAACCACCCCUGAAGAGUUCAAGGCUGCAGUAUUUGCUGCAAAAAGGGCUUUCUCAUCCUGGCGAAGCACUCCAGUCACAACCCGUCAACGGCUCAUGUUCAAGCUCCAAGAACUUAUCAGGAGAGAUAUUGAUAAGUUGGCGAUGAAUAUUACAAGCGAGCAGGGUAAAACAUUGAAGGACUCAUACAGUGAAGUGUUACGUGGGCUAGAGGUUGUGGAGCAUGCUUGUGGAAUGGCAAGUCUGCAAAUGGGGGAGUUUGCCUCAAAUAUAUCAUAUGGAACCGAUAGCUAUAGUAUUAGAGAGCCACUUGGUGUUUGUGCCGGGAUUUGUCCUUCCAACUUUCCAGCAAUGGUUCCACUAUGGAUGUUCCCUAUGGCAGUUACUUGUGGUAAUACAUUUAUUCUAAAGCCAUGUGAGAGAGAUCCAGGUGCUUCGGUUAUACUUGCAGAGUUAGCAGUGGAGGCUGGUUUGCCUAAAGGUGUCUUGAAUAUUGUUCAUGGCACCCAUGACAUCAUGAAUUCCAUCUGUGAUGAUGAUGAUAUUAAAGCUGUAUCGUUUGUUGGUUCAGAUACUGCUGGCGUGUAUGUUUUUGAAAGAGCAUCAGCUAGUGGUAAACGUGUUCAGUGUAACAGGGGAGCCAAAAAUCAUGCAAUUGUCAUGCCUGAUGCAAGCAUGGACGCGACCUUGAAUGUAUUAGUUGCCACAGGUUUUGGUGCUGCAGGACAAAGGUGCAUGGCAAUCAGCACGGUUGUUUUUGUUGGAGGAUCAAAUUUGUGGGAAGAUAAAUUAGUGGAGCUUGCUAAAUCACUUAUAGUAAAUGCUGGAACUGAAUCGGAUGCUGACCUUGGUCCUGUGAUUAGCAAACAGGCAAAGGAGCGCCUAUGCAGAUUGAUUCAGAGUGGUAUUGAUAGCGGUGCCAAACUAGCACUUGAUGGAAGAAACAUUGUGGUGCCAAGGUAUGAACUGGGCAACUUUAUUGGUCCUACCAUAUUAUCUGACGUCAGAGUUGAGAUGGAGUGCUACAAGGAGGAAAUUUUUGGCCCAGUGCUACUUUGCAUGGAGGCUGACAGUUUAGAGGAGGCCAUAAACCUCGUUAACAGAAACAAAUAUAGCAGUGGAGCUUCCAUAUUCACAACAUCUGCUGCAGCUGCUAGUAAAUUCCAGAGUGAGAUUGAGGCUGGGCAGGUUGGCAUAAAUGUUCCUGUUGCAGCCUCACUGCCCUUUUUCUCCUCUAACGGCUCCAAGGCAUCUUUUUCCGGGGAUCUCAAUUUCUCUGGCAAGGCUGAACUACACUUCUACACCAAGGUCAAAACAGUGACUCGACAAUGGCAGGAUUUUCCUAGUAGUGAUGGUGUAUCCUUGGGAAAUACAGAAUCCUUGGCUUUUACAACUUCUGAUGGAUCACAACAAAUCCAAGAUGCUUAAAUCGUUAUUUUUCUAGUCGGUUUUCCUUUAUCCUUUAUUUUUGUGUUUUUUGUAGUUGUAUUUGCCUUCUUUUUUCUUCUUUGUAUUGUACGAACCCUUCAAUGAUUCAUGGACUCUUCCCUUUGCCUUC